AAAGUUGCCUUUUAUGGCUCGAGCCGCCGCGACUGCGCCCCAUAAAACCCGGCGGCGCGACGCACAGCCACAGCCGAGACUGCGUCCACUCCGCCAGCACAGGCCCCUCGCCCUUGCCGCUCCGCCUUCGCCGCCGGUCUACACCGCUACCAGUUCGCCAUGGAUGACGAUAUUGCUGCGCUCGUGGUCGACAACGGCUCCGGCAUGUGCAAGGCCGGCUUUGCGGGCGACGAUGCUCCCCGGGCCGUCUUCCCCUCCAUCGUGGGGCGCCCCCGACACCAGGGCGUGAUGGUGGGCAUGGGCCAGAAGGACUCCUACGUGGGGGACGAGGCCCAGAGCAAGAGAGGCAUCCUGACCCUCAAGUACCCCAUCGAGCACGGCAUCGUCACCAACUGGGACGACAUGGAGAAGAUCUGGCACCACACCUUUUACAACGAGCUGCGUGUGGCCCCCGAGGAGCACCCCGUGCUGCUGACCGAGGCCCCCCUGAACCCCAAAGCCAACCGUGAGAAGAUGACCCAGAUCAUGUUUGAGACCUUCAACACGCCGGCCAUGUACGUGGCCAUCCAGGCCGUGCUGUCCCUCUACGCCUCUGGCCGCACCACUGGCAUCGUGAUGGACUCCGGGGACGGGGUCACCCACACGGUGCCCAUCUACGAGGGGUACGCCCUGCCCCACGCCAUCCUGCGUCUGGACCUGGCUGGCCGGGACCUGACCGACUACCUCAUGAAGAUCCUGACGGAGCGGGGCUACAGCUUCACCACCACGGCCGAGCGGGAGAUCGUGCGGGACAUCAAGGAGAAGCUCUGCUACGUCGCCCUGGACUUCGAGCAGGAGAUGGCCACCGCCGCGUCCUCCUCCUCCCUGGAGAAGAGCUACGAGCUGCCCGACGGCCAGGUCAUCACCAUCGGCAACGAGCGCUUCCGCUGCCCCGAGGCGCUCUUCCAGCCCUCCUUCCUGGGCAUGGAGUCCUGCGGCAUCCACGAAACUACCUUCAACUCCAUCAUGAAGUGCGACGUCGACAUCCGCAAGGACCUCUACGCCAACACGGUGCUGUCGGGCGGCACCACCAUGUACCCAGGCAUCGCCGACAGGAUGCAGAAGGAGAUCACGGCCCUGGCUCCCAGCACGAUGAAGAUCAAGAUCAUCGCGCCUCCAGAGCGCAAGUACUCCGUGUGGAUCGGCGGCUCCAUCCUGGCCUCGCUGUCCACCUUCCAGCAGAUGUGGAUCAGCAAGCAGGAGUACGACGAGUCCGGCCCCUCCAUCGUCCACCGCAAAUGCUUCUAGGCGGACUGUUAGUUGCAUUCCACCUUUUUCUUGACAAAACCUAACUUGCGCAGAAAAUGAGAUGAGAUUGGCAUGGCUUUAUUUGGUUUUGUUUUUUUGGUUUUUUUUUUUGUCUUGAUUUUUUUUUUUUUUUUUUUUGGCGCUUGACUCAGGAUUUAAAAACUGGAACGGUGACGGUGACAGCAGUCGGUUGGAUGGAGCAUAUCCCCCAAAGUUUUACAAUGUGGCCGAGGACCUUGAUUGUACAUUGUUCUUUUUUUUUUUUUUUUUUUUUUAAUAGUCAUUCCAAGUAUCAUGAGAUGCAUUGUUACAGGAAGUCCCUGCCUUCCCAAAAGCUGCCCCGCCUCUCCCUGCGGAGAAGGGCCAGUCCUCGCCCAGGUCCACCCGAGGAGGGCAAUAGCAUCGCUUUAGUGUAAAUUAUGUACUCCAACAUUUUUUUUAAUCUUCGCCUUAAUACUUGUUCUUUUUGUUUGUUUUAUUUUGAGUGGUCAGCCAUCACAAUCCCCUUUUUUGUCCCGCAACUUGAAGUAUGAAGGCUUUUGGUCCCCCUAGGAGCGGGUUGAGGUGCGGAGGCAGCCAGGGCUUACCUGUACACUGACUUGAGACCAGUUCAAUAAAGUGCACACCUUAAAAAAGAAA